GAGAUGCGGGACGGUCGCAGUUUUUGCCACCCAAGGCAGGCUGUUUAGAGAUGCUUCCUUGGGUCAAAGCCUCUACUGGCCUUCAUGAAGACAGACCUGGAGCUCCAAGGUCUCAGAGACCCAGGUUGCCACAAGCUCCUAAGGUCACAGCCAGUCCUCCUGAACUGUCUGAGGAUUCGUGGCCAUCCAGUUCAGAGACCCAUUCCCCAUCCAGCACUACUGAGGGACAGAUGGGUGUUCUCCCUCCACUCAGCCUGAGUGACAGUGGAGACUCUGUGGUGGCCAAGUAUAUAAACAGGUUCCGCCAAGCUCAGCCCACAAGCCGAGAGGAACGCCAGCCAGCAGGCCCAACAUCAGCUGACUUUUGGUGGCUGCAGCCUGAGUGUCCAGACCCCAGCAGUCACCUUGCAGCAGGAGCCAGUGAGUCAGAAGGAAGACCCAGAAUGCCAGACCCAAUUCCUGCCAUAGUCGGUGCAUCCCAGGCUGAGGCUCCUCUUCAUAAAGUAAAGCAGAGCCUCAGCACAUGGAACUCAUCCCUGUUGGACUUGGAGACUCUGAGCUUACAAAGCCAAGCUUCCAGGCUGCUCAAACGCAGCAAGGCCUCCAUCUGCUCCUCUCACAGCCCCAGUGAUGCAAGCAGCUCCUCCCUUCCUGUAAGCUCUGAUGUCCUCUCUUCCUUCUCUAUGUCUCUAACCCCAGACUCCAGCAAGGGCUGUGACCCCAGAGAACCUGCAGCCCCGGUGCCAACCCCGGCCCCCACCCCUGCUCCUGUUCUGGCCUCCUCUCAGGCCCCCCUCAGACCUGAGGAUGACAUUUUGUACCAGUGGCGGCAGCGAAGGAAGCUUGAGCAGGCUCGGAAGCUAGAGCAGGCUCGAGGAGGGGGUGAUGGGACCUGGGUGCUGCCUCGAACCUCAGCACUCCCCACUCAGACCUCUCCUGCUCCUGCUACCCUGGGGACCCAACCUAACUGUGUCUCACCAUGGGGCUGUGCAGUCCAGCAUACUGUCCCAGGGGCCUUCUAUGUGGAGAGGCCUCCUCCUCUUCAAGGAUCCUCUCCACACAUCUGCACUCCCAGCCCCCAUGGAUUCUUCUGGGCCCCAAGUCCCUGGGUAUCUCUUGGGAUGGUUCCUGCCUCGCUGCUGGCCUCCACCCCAGCUUCCCCAGUCUCCACUCCAACUGCGCUGUCUUCCAUCCCUGCUCCUCCAGCCUCUACCCCUGCGCCCUCUGGCAUCCCCCAGGGGCCGCCCACCCCUGAGCCAGGCAGCUCCAUCCAUCCCAAGAAGCUGGGCACCAAGCCUCGAAGGUCUAGCACCUCCUCACACCAGGAGGAUACUGGGCAGGUCACUGCCGCCUCCAAGAGCCCGGGUCCCCAGCUCAGGGAUGUCCUGGGCCAAGUAGUUUCUGCUCGGAUCUUCCCAGACAAUCCAGAGGACACACCUCCCCUCCCUGAAAGCCUUCCUCCACCCGAGGAGGACUCGCAGAAAGUCAAGGCCACCCCUCCUCAAUCCAAGGUUCUGCCCUCUUUGUCUCUGGUGGGGGCCCAGGCCAAGUACCGCACAGCAAAGGCCACGGGGAGGUCGGCGAUUUGGAGAAAAACCACACCCUCAGCUGGAGUUGGGGAGCCACAGCCCAAGGCCCCGCCCCCUCCAGAAGAGAUGUCCACGUGGUCUGAGGUCCAGUCACCUGAGUUCAGAACUCCCACACAAGCUUCAGUGUCUCCUGAAGCGGUGGCCACACCCCCUCUAGCGUCCAGGCACGCCCCCACUGAGGACUUGCUGUCCCAGGCCGCCCAACUUCUGCAGGCUGCUGAAGACUCCGAUGGCAGUGAGUUUCAGGACGACCCGUUGCUACAGGUGCUAAGAGCUCAGAGGGCUGAGUUGAGGCAGCAGAAAAGGAAUGUGGAUGUCCGAUUGUCCCUCCUGUUGGACGGUGCUCAAGACCCAGAACCUUGGUCUCAUGCAGCCAGAUCACCUUCCAGGUCCCCAAGGAGGCUGUUGCCUAGGGAAGGAGCAUCUCUGGAGGCCACAGGACUUUGAACUGUAGAGAUUGCUUUUUCCAAUGAAACACUUUUCCCAGUUUACUGUUUAUCACUGAGAACUGAUUGUUGUAUAAAGAUUGUUGUGCUAUCUGGGUUUGGUGGCAAAUGCCUUUAAUCCCAGUACUUGGGAGGCAGAGGUAGGAAGAUGGCAGUGAGUUCGAGGCCAUCCUGAAGAGUACAUAGUGAAUUUCAGGUCAGCCUGGGCUAGAGCGAGACUCAAACAAACAAACAAAAAGAUUGUUGUGCUAAUCUGAGGGACACGCCGUCCACCUCUGCCCUCACUGAAACACAAUUCCUUUUCAGGCUCCAUCUUGGGGUGAGAGUGUGGUUCUAGGUAAGACAAAACCCACCUCAUGUAACUCAACUCGGAAGUGAAUCCUGGGCUAGGGAGAUGCCCAGUGGUUAAAGGCACUUAAGAGCAGUCAGCCAGCCCAGGUAUGAUUCCCUAGCACCCAGUAAAGCCAGACACAGAAGGUGGUGCAUGUGUCUGACAUUUGCAGCAGCAAAAAGCCCUAAUCUACCCAUACAUGUGCACACACUCGCAAAUAAGUAAGUAAAAUGAAGUGGGUCUUUAUGUUUCAAAUGAGGACAGAGAGCUUCUCGGGAUACCAGCAUUGGAAAAUAUGUCCCAUCUGUGCCAGCAGUGGCUGCCCAUUUCUCCCAUCCAAGUACUAACCAAACCCCUCCCUGCUUAGCUUCUGAGAUCAGACAUGUUCAGGGUGGUUACGCCUUAGAACAUCCCUUCCUCUCUCAUCAUCAGCUCCACCUGCAGGUCUAAGAUGUCUUCAGUUGAAUGAGUGGGUGAGUAAAGUAAUAUACAGAUGUCAGAUGACAUGGUAAAACGCCAAGGGUACCAUCUAAUGUGGACAUGUGGGUGUUGCCUGUAAGACUGUUAAACUUGCCAUUUGUUAGAAACUUUUCAUAAUAAAAUUAUGGAUAAUAUGUGGCCAA